AUGGCAAAACUGCUUCCCACAAUUUGGGCCCUUUUGCUGAACGUUUCUGGACUUCCAAUUUUUCGAACUUGCUUCGACAACGCCAUGGAGGACGAGGAUUGCGAAUCUCUUCUCCUGGGACCACCACUUAGCUCAUUUUUCUUUAGCCUCGGUGUUUAUAUUAUUAUUCUUGAUUCCACCCUUUUUCCACGAUCAUUUCGGGAACCUAAAGUGCCUUUCCUGAUACUUUAUGAGUUCCUGGCAGCAGCGUUUUUCUUGGAGUUCGCAUUGGCUUGUAUUUGGACCCCCAUCAAUGUACUCCUACUGACUACACUACCAAAGGGAAUUUACCAGCUACUUCAUCGGCUCGAACUCGAAGAUGCAGCUGUGGCGUUUUUCACAAACAAAUCUUUAAUGGCGGUCGUGACUUAUACCGUGUCGCUAACGUUUUUCCUUGUCACAUUGCACAUCACCGACGCAGUGGACUACACAAUAAUUAGGUACUGUUUAUGAUAAAAUAGAAUAUUUAUAUCUAACUGGUGUUGCGCCCCGAAGUCCUUAGCGUCAUUGCCUCAGUUUUUCGCGACUUCACACACCGAAUAAACUUUGUCGAUGGCUAAAUUUCAACUG